GUGCGCACGGCCGCCGCGGUGAACGCGCGCGCAACAACACAUAUUUUUAUUGUAAUCACACCGAACCAAAAUAUUAGCCAAAGAAAGUAAACUUUAUACAAGUUCAACACAUAAUGAACAUUUUCCAUCACAAUUAACAGUAUUUUGUACAUAAUUUAAUUUUUAAUUACAAUAUUAAUUCGAAUUAAAAUGGACUCAAGGUUAUAGUUUAAGAUUAACUUUAAAUUAUAAUUGUGGUUGAUACAUUUUCCUUUUCUUCGAGUGAUUGUUAAGAAGUAUUAAAACAAAGUGAAGAUGUCAGAAGAAGGUGUCACACAAGAUGUCAAGAAACCCAGAUCAACGCUGGGCGUGCGGCACGCGCAAUGCGUGAUGCUAUUCUUCGCGCUGGUGCUGGCGUUUGCGAUGCGGGUGAACAUGAGCAUGGCCAUCGUCGCCAUGACUGACAAGACAAAGGAGGACUCGUUCGGGUGGAGCAUGCAGACGCAGUCGGUGAUCUUGUCGUCGUUCUUCUGGGGCUACGUGGUGCUGCAGAUCCCGGCGGGCGAGCUGGCGGCGCGCUACGGCGGCAUGCUGCUCAUCACCGCUUGCAUCGCCAUCAACUCCGCCGUCUCCCUGCUCAUCCCUAUCGGAUCCCACUAUGGUGGAUGGCAGCUGGUGUGCGCGUGCCGCGUGGUACAAGGUCUGUCGCAGGGCUUCCUCUACCCCUCCAUGCACAACCUUAUCGGCAAGUGGGUGCCACUCGAGGAGAAGAGUCGCCUCGGCACAUUGAUUUAUGCCGGCGGCCAAUUCGGCACGGCGUUGCAGCUGAUGGCGUCAGGCUUCCUCGCGGAGUACUGGGGCUGGCCCGCCAUCUUCUACGUGAACGGAACCCUGGGCGCCGUAUGGACCGUCAUUUACGUUUUCCUCGGUGCUGACUCUCCCCAGGCCUCCAGGAUGAUUAGUGCCGAAGAGCGACUUUACAUACAGACCUCUUUGGGACAUGUCGGUGUCCAGAAGAAACUAAAAACGCCGUGGAAGAAAAUCUGGACAUCGCUAUCUUUCAUUUCCCUGAUCGUGGUGCAUUGUGGCCAGAAUUGGGGCUUCUGGACCCUGAUGACGGAGAUCCCCUCCUACAUGAGCCAGGUGCUCGGAGUGGACAUCAAGGCGAACGGUUUGAUGUCGGCAUUGCCCUACCUGGCCAUGUACUUGUGCAGCUUCCCGCUGGGCUUCAUGUCGGACUACAUCCUCAAGAAGAAGUGGCUCAGUAUCACCGCUUGUAGAAAACUUUCCAACUCUAUUGGUCUGUUCGGUCCCGCGGUGGCGCUAGUGGGUCUGUCGUACGUGCCGGCGGGCAACAUCACGCUCGCUGUGGCGCUGCUCACCGUCGUCGUGGGCCUCAAUGCCGGACACUACACUGGAUUCCUGAUCGUGCACAUCGACAUGGCGCCGAACUUCGCAGGCACUCUGAUGGGCAUUACGAACUGCCUAGCCAACGGCAUCUCCAUUAUCGCCCCGCUCGCCGCCGGUGCCAUACUAAAGGAUGAGACGGAUCCAAACGAAUGGCGCAAAGUGUUCUACGUGUCAUCUGCCAUCUACAUCGCUGCCAACGUCUUCUUUAUCAUCUUCGGCACCAGUGAGCGCCAGGAAUGGAACGAGCCCCUCGAAGAUUCCAAAGUCGCUCCUAAUGAUAUGACUUCGGAAAAGAAAACAGAGAAAGUUGUUUGAAGGAAUCAAAAGUGUUUCAUUUCAUUUUUGUACCUGAUUGUAAAUAGUUGACACUUUAGUGAGAGCAAAAUGACUUUGAUGUAGAUAUAA